GGUGUGUCUUUUUCUGUUGUGGUGUUGCAGUGGCCAUUUUAAAAUCAGUGCCUUCAUUGCUCUGUGUAUAGUUGGUUUGCCUUCUGCACUGUGCUUUGAGAGUUUGCUGUUUAUUUAAAAGUGCUUCUUGCCUUUUAUCAUGGAUGAGUACCAGCUGAAGAUAUUGUACUGCCAGGCUGUUGCAGUGAAUGGUUUGGACAGAGAGAGAAGGAUGAGGGAGAGGAGGGAGAGGAGACCUACUCGGUCUUGCUGGACCAAGCAAUGGCUUUUGGAGAGGGACGCCAUGUCUCAUACACCGCUUCUACGUGAGCUUCGGGACAAUAAUCCUGAGGACUACAGGAAUUACCUGCGUAUGAAUGAUGAUAUGUUUCAGGAGCUGCUGCAACUGGUGACGCCUCUCAUUGUGAAGCAGGACACAGUUAUGCGCAGGGCCAUUUCUGCUGAGGAACGGCUGGUCGCUCCCCUGCGCUAUCUUGCUACUGGGAGACCACUACAGGACCUAAAGUUCUCCACCCUGAUCUCCCCUCAGGCUUUGGGAGUGAUCAUUCCAGAGACCUGCAAGGCCUUAUACAGCGUCCUCCGAAAGGACUAUCUGAAGUUUCCCACUAAAGCAGAGGAGUGGAAAGUAAUUGCCCGGGACUUUGAGGAUUGCUGGAAUUUCCCAAAUUGCGGAGGUGCCAUAGACGGCAAGCAUGUCCGCAUCUCUCCUCCUACAAAAAGUGGAUCUCUAUAUUAUAACUAUAAAGGUUAUUUUAGCAUAGUCUUGAUGGCUAUAGUAAAUGCUAACUAUGAGUUCAUAUUUGUGGAUGUGGGGAAAAAUGGAAGAGCAUCCGAUGGCGGAUCAAUCAAAGAUACUGUGUUUUAUGAGAGGCUGCUUUGCAACCAAUUAGACCUACCGAAAGCUGAGGACUGCAUGCAUGGCUUGAAUUAUGUGUUUGUGGCAGAUGAAGCCUUUGCUCUGCACGAGCACAUCAUGAAACCCUACCCACAAAGGAACUUAUCCAAGGAGAAACGCAUUUUUAAUUAUCGGCUCUCAAGGGCCCGCCGCAUAGUUGAAAACGCAUUUGGGAUCUUGAGUAGUAGGUUCAGAAUUUUCCACUCUGCUAUUGGCCUAAGGGUGGAUAAAAUAGACUGGGUUGUGUUGGCCUGCUGUGUUCUACACAAUUAUCUAAGGCGUAAGGCUGGCCCAAAAUGCCCCCCAUCUACUACUCCGGCUAACAACCCUGAUGUGGACUCUGCCAGGCCUCCUGCUCAGGCCGACAACUCUGAUGUGGACUCUGCCAGGUUGCCUGCUCAGGCCGACAACUCUGAUGUGGACUCUGCUAGGUUGCCUGGACUUGAAAGGCCACAGUCCACACCUAAUCCCACUUUAAAGGCUAGAAAGGUCAGGGACGACUACCUGACCUUUUUUAAUGGAGUAGGUGCAGUGGAUUGGCAAGACUCCUACAUUUAA